AUGGCGCCUUCUGCCAUGAUGGAGGACAAGAUGGAGCCUAUGCAUACGGGCUCUUCGUAUACGAAGCCGUCUACAGUUGUGGCAUCCGUCUUGCAUGGCGCUCGAGACCUGCGAUUGGAGCACAGGUCGAUCGACCCUCCAGCGGCAGGAGAGCUUCAGAUCGCCAUCCGCUCCACGGGCAUCUGUGGUUCCGACGUGUCCUACUUCAAAAAAUUUGCCAAUGGUGACUUGUGUGCGUGCCAGCCCAUAUCCCUAGGCCAUGAGUCCUCGGGUGUGGUGACUGCUAUUGGCGCCCAGGUGGGUGGCUUCUCCAUCGGCGACCGCGUGGCCCUCGAGGUCGGCGUGCCGUGUGGGCAAUGCGGCAUUUGCAGGAAGGGGCGGUAUAAUCUCUGCAGAAAGAUGCGAUUCAGAAGCAGUGCGAAGAGCUUCCCGCACUUUCAGGGGACGCUGCAGGAGCAGAUUAACCAUCCGGCUGUGUGGUGCCACAAAUUGCCUGACCACAUCUCCUUCGACGCCGCGGCCCUCCUCGAACCCCUCUCGGUAGCUAUUCAUGCUGUUAACCGCGCAAAGCCUGAGCCCGGCGCCACAGCCCUGGUCAUAGGCGCCGGCACCGUCGGCCUCCUCACAGCCGCCAUGGCGCAACAGUCCGGCUGCUCGGUCGUCACCAUCUGCGACGUCGAUCAGGGCCGCGUCGAAUACGCACUCGAGCACGGCUUCGCGACAUAUGGCUACGUCGUGCCCCGCCCUCUCCGCGCCUCGUCCUCCAGCUCCUCCGUCUCGCUCGAGGGGGCCCGGUCGCUGGCCCAGGACAUUCUUGCCGUGUCGAAGACCUCUCCCCUCGUCGCUCCCAACGAUGACGAGGACGAGGAAGAUGACGGCGUCGACAUCACCUUCGAGUGCACGGGGAAAGAAGAGUGCAUGCACACCGCCCUGUACGCGACCAAGCCAGGCGGCAAGCUCAUUAUGGUCGGAAUGGGCACGCCUAUCCAGACGCUGCCCAUGUCCGUCGCCCACCUCCGCGAGGUCGACAUCCUUGGCAUCUUCCGCUACGCAAACACGUACGCUACGGGAAUCCGGUUGCUGUGUGCCUCGAAACAUGGCAGCGGCAACAAAAGUGGCAAAGCUGGUGGCCUGCCGAGCCUGGACAACAUGGUCACGCACCGGUUCAAGGGACUGCACCGUUCGCGGGAGGCGUUUGAGCUGGCAGGCCGGACGGCUGAUGACGAGGGCAGGCUGGUAUUGAAGGUGGUUAUUGAGGCGUAAAACUAAAGGGGGAAAGCAAAGAGGUCUCUUUUGUCUUUGUUUUCUUUGGCGUUCUUUUGCGUGUUUCGAAACGGCAGGAGGGUGGCUCUGAUUUGAACAUGAUUUCUGUCCUUGUUUCUUUCACUUGGCUUAUGACCACUGGGUCAUCCGGUUUGGCGGUCCUCUGGUAGAGCAUGAUUUAGAACCAUAGGGCCCCCUUCAGAAAUAUUACAUGAUUAAUGACAACUCAUAACAAUG